AUGAGAGAGCUGAAGUUCCAUGAGAAGAAGCUUUUGAAGCAGGUCAACUUCCUUGAAUGGAAGAACACAAACACGGCGCGCGAGCAUCUGGCCAUAGCAAAGUAUGGCCUGAGGGACAGGGAAGAGUAUACCAAGUACAGCAGGAUAGUAGGGAAAGUGCGUAAACUCGCAGAGGCACUGGCAAGGCUCAAAGAAAGCGAUCCAGUUAGAACCACCAUAACCAAGAAGCUUGUUGGAAGACUAUAUAGUGUUGGGGUCAUCAAGAACAGAAAGCUUGUGGAUUGCACCAAGGUAACUGUUUCCUCAUUCUGCGAAAGGCGGCUGCCGAUGGUAAUGAAGAGAAUUCGGAUGGUCCCUAGCUUCAAGGAUGCCACGAGAUUUGUCGAACAUGGCCACGUCCGCCUUGGUUCAAAGGUUGUCUACGACCCCUCGACAAUCAUAAGCAAGGCCAUGGAGGACUUUGUGUCCUGGGUUGACAAAUCCAAGAUCAAAAGAAAGAUUGAUGAGUUUAACGGGGAGUUGGACGACUUCAACUACGUCUGA